AUGGGUAGAGGAAGGAUUGAGAUUAAGAAGAUUGAGAAUGUGAACAGUCGUCAAGUCACUUUCUCUAAAAGACGAAACGGAUUGAUGAAGAAAGCCAAAGAGCUUUCGAUUCUAUGUGAUGCAGAGGUCGCUCUUAUCAUCUUCUCCAGCACCGGCAAGAUUUACGAUUUCUCCAGUGGCUGUAUGGAGCAAAUUCUGACCAGAUAUGGAUACAGUUCUGGAUCGACUGAACAAAAUCAAAGAGAACAACAACUUCUACUUUGUUCUUCACAAGAAAAUGGAGCUGUGUUGCGGAAAGAGGAUGUUAUGAAGGGCGAAUUCGAGAGAUUACAGCUUGCAAUUGAGAGACUGAAGGGUAAAGAGCUUGACGGUAUGAGUUUCUCGGAUCUUAUAUCUCUUGAAAACCAGCUGAACGAUAGCUUGCAUAGUGUCAAGGAUCAAAAGACACAAAUCCUUCUCCGCCAAGUAGAAAGAUCCCGGUUACAGGAGAAAAGAGCAUUGGAAGAAAACCAAAUCUUGCGCAAACAGAUAGAGAUGUUAGGAAGAGGCUCAGUACCAAAAGUGUUAUGUGAAAGACCUCAAAUAUCUAGCCCACAAGCCGAACCCGAAAGCUCUUCAUCAGAAGACGAUGAGAAUGACAUCGAGGAGCACCAUUCAGACACUUCUUUGCAAUUGGGAUUGUCGUCGUCGGGGUAUUGUUCAAAGAGAAAGAAGCCGAAGAUUGAAUUGCUCUGCGAUAACUCUGGGAGUCAAGUGGCUUCCGAUUGA